AGGCUGCAGGAGUCGGGAGGGAGCCGCUGGGACAAACUCGUUGGGGACGAGGAGAGAGGGACACUUGGAGCGCUUGACGCCGGCCAUGGAAACUUCCGCGUCGGCGGCCGCCGAGAAAAAAGACAAAAUGGACGGGAACGGGUUCGGCGACCUCCCGAAGAAACCCUCGCCAUCAGUGACGAGAGCCCCCCACCACAUCUUCCCCACCUUUCACACGCCUAUCCCGAUUGACAUGCGCCAUCACGAGGGAAGAUACCACUACGAGCCCCACGCGCUCCACACCAUGCAUGGCCCCACAGGUUUGGCCGGCAGCCCCGUCAUCUCUGACAUCUCGCUGAUCCGGCUGUCCCCCGCCGCCGUGGCGACCGGCGAGUCUCCCUUCAGCCCGCCGCACCCGUACGUCAACCCGCACAUGGAGCACUACCUGCGCUCGGUGCACGGCAGCCCCACCCUGUCCAUGAUCUCCGCCGCCAGGGGACUCAGCCCCGCCGAACUGGCCCACGAGCAUCUGAAAGACCGCGGGCUGUUCGGGCUUCCUCCUCCGCCUCCCGGGGCCAGUCCAGCGGAGUACUACCACCUGAUGGCGAGCCACCGGAGCCCCUACGGCGAGCUGCUCAUGCAGGGGGCCGGGGCCGCCACCGGGGCCCACCUACCCGACUACAUCACCCCCAUAGACGUGUCGCGUUUCUCCAGCCCCAGACUGACGCCCCGGCUGAGCAGGAAGAGGGCCCUGUCCAUCUCGCCGCUGUCCGACGCCAGCAUCGACCUCCAGACCAUGAUCCGCACCUCGCCCAACUCCCUGGUGGCCUACAUCAACAACUCUCGCUCCAGCUCGGCCGCCAGCAGCUCCUACGGCCACCUGUCCGUCGGCGGGAUCAGCCCGUCGUUCCCCUUCCCCCACCCCAUCAACCCCAUGGCCUACCAGCAGCUCCUGUCCCAGCAGCGAGGGCUGAGCGCCUUCGGCCACACCCCGCCGCUCAUCCAGCCCUCGCCCACCUUCUCCAGCCGCCAGCCGGGCCUCGGCCUCUCCGCCCUGCCCACCUCCACCCACAACAGCGACGUGCCGUCCAAGAACCACGGCGGCGACUCGGCGGUGAGCAGCACGGUCGACCCCAUGAUCACCAAGAGGUCAAAGGUGAAGACAGAAGCCGAGGGGCUGCGGCCGCUGUCUCCCUGUUCGCCGGACCAUCUCGGCGGUUUGAUGGACCUGAAGGACGAUGCGGACCGGGACGAGUGCAAGCAGGAGCCCGAGGCGGUGUAUGAGACCAACUGCCACUGGGAGGGCUGCACCAAGGAGUACGACACACAGGACCAGCUGGUUCAUCACAUCAAUAAUGACCACAUCCACGGAGAGAAGAAGGAGUUUGUGUGCCGCUGGGAGGAGUGUUCGCGGGAGCAGAAGCCCUUCAAAGCGCAGUACAUGCUGGUGGUUCACAUGCGCCGACACACAGGGGAGAAACCACACAAGUGCACGUUCGAGGGCUGCUCCAAGGCCUACUCGCGUCUGGAAAAUCUCAAAACCCACUUGCGCUCGCACACGGGGGAGAAGCCGUACGUCUGCGAGCACGAAGGAUGCAACAAAGCCUUCUCCAACGCGUCGGACCGGGCCAAACACCAGAACCGGACACACUCCAACGAGAAACCCUAUGUAUGUAAGAUCCCCGGCUGCACCAAGCGCUACACAGACCCCAGCUCUCUCAGGAAGCACGUGAAGACGGUCCACGGGCCGGACGCCCACGUCACCAAGAAGCAGCGCAGCGACGUUCCGCCCAGGCCGCCGGCGCCCCGGGAGAACGGCGAGAACGAGACAGGACCCAGGGAAAGGAUCCAGAGGGAAGACAAGAUGUCGGACAGCAGCUCCCCGAGGGGCGUGGACGAUUACCUGCAGGUCAAAUCCAUCAAGACGGAAACUUCUGUGAUGUAUCAGUCCAGCCCUGGCGGUCAGUCAUCAUGUAGCAGCGAACCAUCGCCACUUGGCAGUGCCGCCAACAAUGACAGUGGAGUAGAGAUGGCGGCGCACAGCGGGGGAAGCCUGGGGGACCUCACCACCCUAGACGACCUGCCCUUGGUGGACUCAGUGGGCUAUGGAGGGUCCCCCAGCGGAGUCGUGGUGGCAGGCCUCCACCUCCGCAAGCAGCUGAGCACCAGCCAGCGCCUGGAGCACCUGAAGAAGGAGAAACUGAAGACGGUGAGGGACUCGUGCCAGUGGGCCAGCAACCCAACACCCCUGUCCCAUGGCACCAUGCUCCCACCCAUACCGGCAAGCGGGUCCCUCCUGGAGAGUCCAGGUAUGGGUGGUGGUCCUGUGUCCUUCCCUGGUUCCGGCCUGUGUGAUCUAGGCUCUGGUAAGAUGACACUGCUGGGCCACCUAUCAGAGCGCCGAGACAGCACCUCCAGUACCCUCAGCUCCGUUUACACCCUCAGCCGCAGGUCCUCCGGGAUCUCCCCCUGCUUCUCAAGCCGGCGCUCGAGCCAGGCCUCACAAUUUGGUGCCAACCGCCACAACAAUGUCAGCUCGGCCGACUCCUAUGACCCUAUCUCCGCUGACAUCUCCCGACGCUCCAGUGAGGCCAGCCAGUGUGGAGGAGGUGGCAGUGGAGCAGGGGGAUGUGGAGAAGGAGGCCUAUCCAGCCUACUCAGCCUGACCCCAGCCCAGCACUACCGCCUCAAGGCCAAGUAUGCUGCUGCCACUGGGGGUGCUCCGCCCACACCACUCCCAAAUAUGGACCGAAUGAGUCUAAAGACCCGCACAGCACUGUAUGGGGACUUCCAGGAGUCUUCCACCUUCAAUGGCUCCAAAGGCCUCUCUCCCAGGCGGUGCAGUGACUACACUGGUCGUAGCAUGAUGCCCCAUGAGGUCCCCUCUAAUGUCCCCCGUCGAGCAAGUGACCCUGUGAGACGGCAGGCCUUAGAGCCCCUUGGCUUACCACAAAUUCAGCGCUACAACAGCAUGGGCAUGUUGGGUGGCAGGGGAAUCAUGCAGCCCCAGCCACCUCCUGCAGCAGAUCGGCGACAAGGCUGCACACGAUUGGAUGGUAGCCUUCACCGCUACCCCUACAGCAUGCGACCACCUAGCAUUUCAGAGAACAUCACCAUGGAAACCAUGGUUGGUGACAUCCCUGAGGAAAACAUGAUGCUGCCUGAAGACAUGGCGCAGUACCUGAGCGCUGAGAAUGGAGAUAUGGCCCACAGAGGGCCAGUGACACAACAGCAAGUACAAAACUUCCUAGGAAACCCCAAUCUCCAACAGCAGUCUUACCACCAGAGAAGAAUGGCCAUUGCGGACGCCAACAUGAACCCACCCACCCAGGUUUCAGCCUCUUCCAUGUGCAUGAGCCCAGGUCAGCAUCAGCAGCAACGGCAAUUGUGUGUGCAGUCUACACACAAGUACAGCAGGGCCAACUUGCCCAUCCAGUGGAAUAAAGUGUCUUCAGGGGCCAUGGAGGUUCCCCGGCAUCAGUUGCAGUCACAGGUGAAAGGGAACCUGGCUGUCCUCCAGCAGAACCAGAACUUUGGUUCUUUCCACAACAAUCUCAACUCCAACCCACAGAUGAUUCACAACCUCACACAUGUGAUGCAGCAGAGAUGCAUACAGCAGAAUGCUGACCUGAGAGCAAACUGCCUCCAGCAGCAGAGGCUUCAGCAGACAUCAAAUCUCAAUGAUGCAAUUAACUCUCAGUACAGGUACAACCAAGGCAUUAGCUCUUAUGAUGAUGAUAAUGGUAAUAACAGUUAUCAUCCUCCUUGUAAUAACACAGGAGCAGCAGUCAGUGUGAGCAUGCUAAGCCCCAGCUGCAAACAAGAGACAAUGCAGGAUGUCGACAUGCACUUCAGUGAUGGGGGAUUUCAGUCUGUGCAAAUCAAACUAGAGGACUGUGAUGGAUCACAUAUGAUCUCAGAUCAGCAGAACUGCAACAUGACCUCCCAGCAUCCCAUGCAAAGUGGGAAUCAAGGACUUCUACAGCCAAGGCCACCAAAAGAAUUAAAGUCUCUAAACAGGCAGUCCAAAGCAUCCAGCACUAGGGUGAUGGAACAGCAUUGCAGUGACAAAUCUAACGACAAUGCCAUGUACUACACAGGGCAGAUUCAAGUUAUUGAGCCCAAUGGGAACCUGGACCAUCACACUCCUCCUGUGGUGAAUGUAACUCAGUUUGUCGCUGGUGGCAGUGAAAACAAUGCAGCCCCUCCCAGGGCGGGUGACAACCAGGUAUCCAAAACUGUAGACUCUAACACGGCGUUGGAGCAGACACAGAUAGACUUUGACAGCAUGUUGGAUGACGGAGAUCACUCCAGCCUCAUGUCAGGAACCCUGAGUCCAGGACUUCUCCAGAGCUUGUCCCAGAGUUCAUCUCGCUUGACUACGCCAAGGAACUCAGUCACGCUGCCCUCGGUGCCGGCGGGUACAGGAAACAUGGCCAUUGGGGACAUGAGCUCCUUGCUGACCACUCUGGCAGAAGAGAGCAAGUUCCUCAACUUGAUGUCUUAGCCACAUGUUACAGCCAACGUUUCCUCAGACAGAAGGAAAUAUUAUUAACAUAUUUGCAGAAGUUUUGAUUUCCUGACGAUUGGAAACGACAUCCUACAAAAAAACAACAUUUGACCACAGACUUGUCGUGUGCCAAAACGCCUCUGAGUGUGUGAUUUGUGUUUUCUUGUACAGUCUCAUUUGUUAAUUAUUUA